AUGCUUCAAGGAUUAGUAAGCCAUGAGUUUCUACAUACUCAGAUCAAUUUGACAACUAGUGUUGAAAUUGACAGUGUGCAUACGUAAUCCACCAAAUUAAAUUGUGCCAAAUUCGCUCAAAUUUGCAAUGCCGUCCGAAGCGAAGAAAACGGAGCUGUACUUGCUCUUGCUGCAAUCGUCCACAGCGCUGCUGAUCGCCUUGGUGAACACGUUACCAACCUUGCGUCACGACGUCCAGUUGACCAUCAAAAAGCGGCUGCUCAAGUUGGUCAAAACAUUAUGGGAAUUCCUGAAGGAUGAGGCAGUCGCACUGGAACACCACUCGGUGCUAGAUCAAAGCCACGGCUACACCGAUUUGAGCUUAGAAUUCCAGAGGGCAUCGGAGACAGAUGGGCGACCUCGCUACAGUCCGCUCAGCUCGACGAUGAUUGACAAGUCGGCGACCGAGGCCAUCGGCGGAACCCGUUUCCCCAUGAUACACCGGUUGCUGGCGGUGCUGGCACGUAACCCGGACGAAGAAGUGUUUGCCCGGACGGUGCAACCGUUCAUGCAUGCACCCAAUUUCCAGCGGCAACUGCGCCAAGAAAUGACCGCAUUCCGGCGGAUGCUUACCGACGACGACGCCUCGCUGUAUCUGGGUGAACCGGCGCUGACGCAACGGUUGGAUCGAAUGGAGCUGUCCAUGCGGCGCAUCAUGCUGCAGUUGAACGCGUUGAUUAAUAACGAUGGUUGAAGCGUUUGGAGCUCUUUGGCAAGCGCAGCGCCACGGUGCGGUGAUGAUGGGAAACUCUUGAUUCGUGCAAGGUUUGAGGAUAGGGAAACUGGUUGUUGAUGUCACGGAUGGUUUAGUUCACGUUUCGUAUCGCAAGAUGGCAUCUGUGGAAUGAAGAAGGCGCAUGCGUUCACAUCGAAACUUAUCCCGAGUGGAUGGGAAAGACAAAACAUAGUUCAAAUAAAUUUGUAUAUAUUUGUUAUAUUCAAAUCAACAUAUGAAUUAGCAGCCUUUGCAAAUAAUGAAUUU